UCACCACUCGCACAAACACCAAAUUUCAAAAGCACAUUACCAAAGAUGGAUCAAACCUUAAGAUAUCUCAGAAUAUCCUUUCUCUUUUCCCUUGCCGUUUUUCUGAGUUCAUCCCAUGCUCAAGAUUCCACAACCCUUGUCCCUGCAAUCAUCACAUUCGGCGAUUCGGCCGUCGAUGUGGGCAACAACAACUAUCUUCCGACCAUUUUCAGGGCCGAUUACCCGCCUUAUGGCCGAGAUUUCGCCAACCACGAGGCCACCGGACGGUUCUGCAAUGGCAAGUUAGCUACUGACAUCACCGCUGAGACUCUAGGCUUCACUGCUUACCCGCCUGCUUAUCUUAGCCCUCAAGCUUCGGGCAAGAACCUUCUCAUCGGUGCGAAUUUCGCUUCCGCUGCUUCUGGUUACGACCCGAAACCUGCGAUCAUCAAUCACGCAAUCCCGCUGUACCAGCAGGUGGAGUAUUUCAAGGAAUACAAGAGCAAGCUCGUGAAAAUCGCGGGAAAAACCAAAUCUGAAUCGAUAAUCCGAGGAGCAAUCUGCAUUUUGAGCGCCGGAAGCAGCGAUUUUAUCCAGAACUACUAUGUCAACCCUUUGCUAUUCAAAGUCUACACUCCUGAUCAGUACGGUUCUUACCUCAUCGACAGUUUCUCGACUUUCGUCAAGGACGUUUACGGCCUCGGGGUGAGGAAGAUCGGAGUAACGUCUCUUCCACCAUUGGGUUGUCUCCCGGCGGCAAGGACCAUUUUCGGUUUCCACGAGAAAGGAUGUGUUGCAAGAAUCAACACAGAUGCUCAACAAUUCAACAAGAAGCUUAACUCGGCCGCCUCAAAGCUCAAGAAGCAAUACUCAGGCCUUAAGAUCGUCGUUUUCGACAUCUUUAAGCCACUAUACGACCUCGUUCAAUCCCCUUCGAAAAACGGGUUUUCCGAAGCAACAAAAGGGUGUUGCGGAACGGGAACAGUCGAGACGACUUCUCUCCUGUGCAACCCGAAAUCGUUCGGAACAUGCCCGAAUGCUACUCAGUAUGUGUUCUGGGACAGUGUUCAUCCCUCUCAAGCUGCUAAUCAAGUUCUUGCUGAUGCUUUGAUUACUCAGGGCUUCGAGCUUCUCGGCUAAAUGCCUCGUUCCUGAUCGAUAUCUGUAUUACCGAAAUAUUACAAUCGAUUUGUCAAACGAUUAUAUCUUUCCGAUUUGUCCAUGUACUGUCAUCAAUCCAUGAAUGAUACAUUUGUUUUGUACUA